ACCCCCUGUGAUAACGAACCCUUGGGGCGCAUUUUUAAGCAAAUUGCUACGUAAAGAGCUCGUUUCAUGGAAUGUUUCUGCUUUAGCGAUAAACUCCUUCAUUUAUUUAAUACUUGACGUUCAUCCAAGCUUGAAAAAUAAUUGUAAUAUCGAACAAGUCAUGGGCACAAGCAUUGGUUGUAUACCAGUCAAGAAGGAUUCACUUAACAAUAGGCUGUUAAUGCGAAGGAGCCGACGGAUUCUACACCGGUUAUGAAGGACGAUUAGAAAGCCGCAAUCGCUCAGACGGGGGCAAAAUGGCAAGAAAAUCAUUUGGCUUUCAGCACGAGGGAAACACAGAAACAAGAAGAGAGCAAGUUGAGACAAAACAACUUAAAUUGACAAAGGCUUCAUCACAAAACACCGCGAGAAUACACUCAGCAAUUGAAAAUGGCAAGCAAACGUUGUUGCCAUGCGAGACCCAAGGGCAGAAUCUCUUCAAGUUUGAACAUAAUGGUCGGGAUGGACCUCUUUUAGUUUUUGUCCAAGAAGCUUUGCAUUCCUUCAACAAGUUUGGACGAUACAAGGUGAUUGCGGCUUUAAAGCCUGCGGAUAGUCUUCGCAAUCAGUUGUUCUUUGCAAAAGAAAUAACAAAAACAAACAAAGAAGUGUUAACAGACAGUGGAAAUUCACACAUUGAUGUUAAGCACAUUUCUAGCUCAUCAGUCACAAAAAAAACGCCUGUUCAAAUGGAUAAUAGUGGAUUUAUCGACAGAAGUGGAAAUCUCUAUCAUGGGAGCAAAAAGGCAGCGAAGACUCGUCAAACGAACCCAGACUCAUUUGAACAGUUGAUCGAAAGGUAUAAGUCUAGGAGAGUUAUGUACAAAGACCUUAUGGGAACUCGGGAACACUUUGAAGUGCUGGACAAGCUAGAUGGUUUGUACAGGCAACGAAAACAGGAGAGAUUAAAGCUUCAGGAACAGUUUAGCAAUCUUGGUGCAAUAAGAACCGAAAUAAAUAUCUCAACGGGUUUAAGAGACCAUGUAAAAGACUUAGAAGAUACGAGUAAAGAAGCUAAAGAUUCGGUUAAGCUUCCCAGGAUUAGAGUGUCCACAGUAGCGGAGAUCCACAAGAGAGAUUCGCGACGGCAGAUCGACAAAAAACGUUUAGUGGUCCCCAAAGAAAAACGUACCGGGGCUAUGAAGUUAAGUAAACUUGAGGGCCGUACGAGCGACGGACAAGACUCUUCAAGUUACGAAACAAUCACGGUUACUUUGCCCAAACUGACCAAUCCAAGCUAUGGAAAGUCUGUCAAAAAGACUCAUUAGCACAGCAAUAUAAGAACGUGCUCAUCUAAGUGUUAAAUCUGUGAUCUAAGUCACAAAUCUACAAGUAAGAACUCAGAAAGAACUUAAAACACGAUUGAGGGGUUCCUUCUCGUGCGUGAAAUGUUUAAAUCUGUUAAACUUAAUAAACUCGGUAAAAGAUUAGAAGUAUGCUUAAGCACAACAACAACUGAAGUCUUAAAAUAGCUUUACAGCUAUUCCGGUAAUCACUGACAAUGAAAACAACUCCCGGAUACCAUAGUUAUUGACUUGAAAGGAGAUUUAACGAUUUGCGUGUCCCCAAAAUUCUAGAAGCAACAUCAGAUCGCUGUAUGGGGGUUAGAAGUUCUGCCAAAAUAGACAAAGGAUUCCUUUAUCACUAAUCACAGAGAGAACAAUAAACAGAUUUAUUUGUUUAUAUGGUAAUUACGGUAUGCUGCAACUAAAACGGCUCCUUCGGCAAAUUGCUAGGGUAAUAAAUGCAAUAUUUAUUUCAUAAAACAGAGUAAAUGAUGUGAAAAAAAAAAAUCAAUGAAAUUUGAAGUUAAUAAAAUAUUGAUACAUAAAUGGUACCUUUGUAACCGAGAAAGUUAAUUCUAUGUUAUGAAUUAUCGAAAGACGGCAUCGCAGCCAAAUUCUUUUUGUAUUUUGCGGAAUUACUUAACAAGUGGUCUGGAAAGCAGUUUUAUACCCUGUGAACACGACUGAAGAGAGAACUUUGCUUAACUGCAGAAAAAAGGUAAAGUGAAAAUCAGAAUUCAAUUAAAUCUUGAUUUUUCAACCAGCGGAAUUUUGCUUGAUAAGUGAUUCAACGAUGCUUUCCUUUUUCAAAUCAAGGAAACUCGCUAAUUUAAUCUGCAAAACAUUUUAAGAGAGACUGAUGUGAGUUUUUCGCACAAAACAAGCCAGAGGCUAGAUAAAACGG